AUGCUAGCCACGCUUGACAUUGAACACAACAACGACUCAGACGAGGACUUCGUUGCAGAUGAAGAAGAGGAAUCGCAUUCUUCUGACGGAUCGGAAGCAGAAGAGAGGGAAGCGAGUACCAAGCAGCCCGGGAAAAUGUCACGUAAGUAUUGUAUUACGGUCAAACAGUCGAAAGGACGGUGGGAUCUACGCUUAGGGCACCAGAAGAGUCUUCAAUCAACUCACGACAGCUUGCCCCCUCCCGUCAAGAAACGAAAGCUAAUGAAUCUGGCCUCUACUUCGGAUGGCGACAGCGAGUAUCAGCCUUGCAAAAGGAAAAGCAAGCAUCUCGAGGAGAUAGACUCAAUGCUGGAGGGUACCGAUGAGAUCGAGAACAUUGUUCCGCCCUUUAACCGGACGUCUAGCUUGGAGAGCUGGACAUCAUUCGAGGAACACUUUGCAAUGUACAAGAAGAAGUAUAAUCUUAAGUGUCCGGAGCUCCGUAAAAACUGUGCUUUAUAA